AUGGCUUGGCUUUGGACCACGCUUGCUGUGUUUGCAGCUUUGUCUCUCAUUCAUGGCCUUGUAAGGAGGAUGAAAGGCAAGAAAUUGCCACCAGGUCCGAGAGGGCUUCCCAUUUUGGGGCACCUUCACUUGCUGGGUAAAAAUCCCCAUCAGGAUUUGAGCAAGCUAGCUAAAGAGUAUGGUCCCAUCAUGUAUUUGCGAUUUGGGUUCGUUGACAAUAUUAUUGCUUCAUCUCCUCAGGCUGCACAGCUCUUCCUCAAGACUCAUGAUCUUGUUUUUGCAAGCAGACCGCCGCAUGAAGCAGCUAAGUAUCUCUCUUAUGAUCAAAAGAAUUUGAGCUUUAGCCAAUACGGUCCCUAUUGGCGCAACAUGCGCAAAUUAUGCACAUUAGAGUUGCUUAGUAAUCUCAAGAUCAAUUCAUUUCAAGCCACGCGAAGAGAAGAAUUGUUUAAUCUUAUUGAGUCACUCAAGCAAGCGGCUUUUGAUCGUGUUGCUGUUGAUUUGAGUGCUAAAGUUUUUGACUUGGUUGCAGACAUGAGUUGCAGGAUGGUGUUUGGGAAGAAGUACGAGAUUAAGGGCAUUGAUGAGAGAGGUUUCAAAGCUGCAAUUAACGAAGCUAUGCAGCUAGUAGCUAAGCCAAAUCUUGGAGAUUAUUUUCCUUAUCUUGGUAAAUUUGACUUUCAAGGAUUGAAUAGACGAAUGAAAGCUAUCGCCGAAGACUUUGAUUUGUUCCUUGAGAGGAUCCUUGAUGAACAUGAACAGAGUGGAAGUAGUGGCCAGAUGACAAAGGAUUUUGUAGAUAUCAUGCUGUCCAUCAUGAAGUCUGGGGAAACAGAGUUUCAAAUUAAUCGCGAACAUGUCAAAUCUACUUUAUUGGAUAUGAUUGCAGGAUCCAUAGACACUUCAGCAACUGCAAUUGAGUGGAUAUUGUCAGAACUCUUGAAGCACCCACAAAUAAUGAAGAAAGUUCAACAAGAAUUAGAAAACAAGGUAGGUUUGAAUCAGAUGGUGGAGGAAUCAGAUUUGAAAGGUCUGAACUAUUUAGAAAUGGUCAUGAAAGAAUCAUUUAGAAUUCAUCCUGUGGGACCAUUACUUCUCCCUCGUGAGGCAAGGGAAGAUUGCAUGGUUGACGGGUUUCACAUACCAAAAAAAACACGAGUCAUUGUAAAUAUUUGGGCAAUUGGACAUGAUCCAAAUGUGUGGGCUAAUCCGGAGAAAUUCUUUCCAGGAAGGUUUGAAGGGAAUAAUAUAGACUAUAGAGGACACAAUUUUGAAUUCAUUCCAUUUGGUUCUGGCAGAAGAAGUUGUCCAGGUUUGCAACUUGCAAUCACUGUGGUCCGACUAGUGGUGGCACAACUAGUGCACUGCUUUGAUUGGAUACUUCCGAAUGGUAUGUCAUCCAAAGAGUUAGACAUGACUGAGGAAUUUGGUAUUGUAGUAACUCGUGCCAAUCACUUAAUGGCCAUUCCUCACUAUCGAUUACAUAUUUAA